AUGGCCCUCCACCUGCAAGGCCGGUGCGUGUGCAAGCACAUCCAGUACUCGCUCGACCUCGAAUCUCCAGACCAGGCCCGCACCACGCUCUGCCACUGCAAGAGCUGCCACCACGCUUUUAGGGCCAACCAUGGGCUCACGGCCAAGGUGCCCCAGUAUAAUGGCGUGACUCGCGAGUUUUGCGACAACUGCGGUGAUUAUAUUUGCGAAUACGGUGAAGAAGCUGCCGACAAGUUCCGCUACGUUGUGUGGGGGACUCUUGAUGACCCGGACGAGAUCCCGCCCAAGGGCGAGUUUUUCUGCAGGUACAGAGACGAGUGGAUGCCAGAGAUUCCAGAUGAGUAUCUCGACACUAACUAUGUGUUUCAUAAGCAAGAGAUCAAGGAGUGA